AUUUAAUUGGACUAUCUUAAUAUGGAAGACAGAGAAGACAUGGAGAGGUUUAUGAAAGAGAGCGAGAAGAGAUUCAGAAAGGCAUACGCUGUUGUUCAAGAGACCCUUGCCUUGAUUUCUAAUGACGAUGCCAUGAUUGAAAACUACGGGUUCACUGUUCAGCAAUACAUUGAUGAGAGAAAAGAGUGAUCAGAGAGGAUUAGAGAUAUUUCUGGGAAGAUCAGGGAAAUCAUUAAGAACAUUGGAGUCACUAAAGUUGUUGCCGGAUCUGCAGGCAUUGUUAGUGGAUUGUUAGUUAUAGGAGGCAUUGUUCUUGCUCCUGUAUCUGGUGGAACUUCUUUGGGGUUGACUGCAACUGGAGCAGGCCUAGGAGUAGGCUCUGGAGUAAUCUCUGUGACAGCAACUAUUGUGAAGGAUUCUCAAAUUGAAAUUCACAUACAACUAUUGAUGCAACUCAUGGAAAGACUCAAAGAAAAAGAUGAAGUGAUGAGCGAAAUAAUUCAAAGACUAAAUGAUCACUUUUUGGAGUUGAAAGAGAUAAUCAAAGAUAAUGGAGAAGAAGCUAAACAUUGGCUCAAAUUUAUAGUUUGGGACAUUUUAAAAGGAGUGGGCUACAACAUAAUGUAUAAAGGGUAUCAACUUUAUCAUACACUUGAUGGGAUUAUUUUUGCCCAGACGAUUCAUGCUUUCAUUGGAGCAGAUUUGGCAGCGAUGAAUUCUGUUGCAAUAGGAACAGCCUCUCCUGGUUUAAAUAUUUUAGGCAAGACACUUGUAGUUGGGGGUACAGGUGCAGCCAAAGGUAUUGCUACUGUGUCCGGUAUAAUUGGAAUAGUCAUGGGAACUUAUGAAAUUGUUGAUGGGUCAAAAGAUAUUCAAGGAUCUGAAGAAGCUGAUGAAAUUGAAAAAUGUGCAGAUAAACUAGAUCAAAACAAUGCCAAAAACGCAGCUAACAAUAAAGAAGUUGAAGGAGCAAUUGAGAAUGGAAUAUUUUUGACAGAAGAUUGUAAAGCAAAGCUAUAUUCAGCUUAUUCUGAUGAAGCAAAGAGCUACAUAGAUACACCCUUGCAUAAUGCUAAGGUAGGACCAAAAAUGCUAAAGAAAUGCAAAUAUACAUGCAACUAUGAGCUUGAUAGUACAAUUGGGCCAAUUCCUUGUGCUGAUGCAAGGACUGGCUGGUCAUGGAGUGAACAUACUCAGUAUUAUGACAAGAUAGAUAGAGAUGAUACAGCCUUCACUAACCCUGUUAUUCACCUAAAAACAGUUUGCUGGCUUGACCCAAGAAUCGAGUUCUUUGGAGUAGAGCCAAGACAAUAUGCGAUCUAUGUGAGACAAGACCUAGACCAAUACCACAACAUGAUGAACAAAGUCAAGGCUAGUCUCAUUGUAUACCUAAGAAACUAUGCAGGAGAUAACAUCUAUGAAGUUCUAGAGGAGGAAAAUGUUUUUGAGACUGGAGAUUAUAUGUGUCAGGAUUUGGUCAGGGAAAUCGAAGGAACUGACGGAUUCCACCACUCAUUCUUUGCUAAUUGUGAUCUCAGACAUUUCUAUGAUAAAUUGGUUGAAAAUGAAGACAACUAUCUUUCAGUUAAGGUCCAAUUUGAAGGAGUCGAUUCUCUGUCUUGGAAAGGAGGAUGGUCGAUUGAUGGAGGAUUCAUGCUCCCAAUUGAUUAAGAAUAGUUUUAUCCUUGUUAUUAAUUUCAAAGCGAUUUUCUCA